GGCGGGCGCCGGGCCGCAUGAACAAUAGGCGGCGGUCCCGGCCCCGCCGUCCCCCGCAGUGCCCGGCUGCCUCGGGCGCCUCCCCCUAUGGAGCAGCCUCGCCAUGGAGCCCCUCACCGAGCUCAGCCAGGAGGGCGCGGGCGGCGGGGAGCCGCCGGGCGGCGGGCCGCUCUGGACCGCCGUCUUCGAGUACGAGGCGUGCGGCGAGGACGAGCUGAGCCUGCGGCCGGGGGACGUGGUGCAGGUGCUGUCCCGGGACUCGCACGUGUCCGGCGACGAGGGCUGGUGGACGGGCAAGAUCGACCAGCGCGUCGGCAUCUUCCCCAGCAACUACGUGAGCAGCGGCGUGCCGGGGGGCGGCCCGGAGCUGCGCGCCCGAUACCCGCCGCCCCCCGCCAUACAGCUCCUGGAGAUCGACUUCUCAGAGCUUGUUCUGGAGGAAAUCAUUGGCAUAGGGGGCUUCGGAAAAGUGUAUCGAGCUGUGUGGAUAGGAGAUGAGGUUGCUGUCAAGGCAGCUCGCUAUGACCCUGAUGAGGACAUCAGCCAGACCAUUGAGAAUGUCCGCCAAGAGGCCAAGCUCUUUGCGAUGUUAAAACAUCCCAACAUCAUUGCCCUCAGGGGCGUGUGUUUAAAGGAACCUAAUCUUUGCUUGAUCAUGGAGUUUGCCCGUGGAGGAUCGCUAAAUAGAGUGUUGUCUGGUAAAAGGAUACCUCCUGACAUACUAGUGAACUGGGCAGUACAGAUUGCGAGGGGAAUGAACUACCUGCACGAGGAAGCGAUUGUUCCCAUAAUUCACCGUGACCUGAAGUCCAGCAACAUACUGAUACUCGAAAAGGUGGAAAAUGGAGAUCUGAGCAACAAGAUGUUGAAGAUCACGGAUUUCGGCUUGGCCAGGGAAUGGCAUAAAACUACCAAAAUGAGCGCAGCUGGAACAUAUGCCUGGAUGGCUCCUGAGGUCAUCCGCUCCUCCAUGUUCUCCAAAGGCAGCGAUGUUUGGAGUUAUGGUGUGCUGCUUUGGGAACUGCUAACAGGAGAAGUUCCAUUCCGAGGAAUUGAUGGUCUUGCGGUAGCAUACGGUGUUGCCAUGAAUAAACUUGCCCUUCCAAUCCCUUCCACAUGUCCAGAGCCUUUUGCCAAACUCAUGGAAGAUUGUUGGAACCCUGACCCACACUCACGACCUUCCUUUGCCAGUAUCCUAGACCAUCUUACUGCCAUAGAAGAGUCUGGUUUCUUUGAAAUGCCCAAAGAUUCCUUCCACUCCCUGCAGGAAGAUUGGAAACAAGAGAUCCAAGAGAUGUUUGAUCAGCUCAGAGCCAAAGAAAAGGAGCUGCGCACAUGGGAAGAAGAGCUGACUCGUGCUGCUGUUGAACAGAAGAAUCAUGAAGAGCUGCUGCGAAGGCGGGAGCAGGAGCUGGCAGAACGAGAGAUUGACAUCCUGGAAAGGGAGCUCAACAUCAUCAUCCACCAGCUGUGUCAGGAGAAGCCUCGGGUGAAGAAACGCAUGGGAAAGUUCAAGAGGAACCGGCUCAAGUUAAAAGAUGGCAAUCAUAUCAGCCUACCUUCAGAUUUUCAGCAUAAAUUCACUGUGCAGGCUUCUCCAACGAUGGAUAAAAGGAAAAGCUUGAUCAGUAGCUGCUCCAGCCCUCCUGCAAGUCCUACCAUUAUUCCCAGACUCAGGGCCAUACAGUUGACUCCUGCUGAAAGCAGUAAAACGUGGGGGCGAAGCUCAGUCCUUCCAAAGGAGGAAGGAGAGGAAGAAGAGAAGAGAGGCCAGAAGAAAAAGGGGCGCACCUGGGGACCAAGCUCACUUGGUCACAAGGAGCUAGGUGCAGGAGAGGAUGGUCUGAAAGCUCUGGUAGAAGGAUACAAACAGUGGUCAUCCAGUGCACCGAACCUUGGAAAGAUCCAGAGAACUGCACCAGCUUUUCCGGGAUUCACCAGCUUAGCAGAGAUGGAUGAUGAAGACAGCGAAUGUCUUAAUGGAGAGGACAAAGUGCACCCUUCACCUGUGCACAAUCAGUCAUACCUCUGCAUCCCAUUUCAGAAGAAUGAAGACUGGGAUGGCCCUUCUAGUGAUGCCAAUGAGGAGUCUACCCCUGUAAACUCUGCUACUAGUACCCCACAGCUGACACCCACCAACAGCCUCAAACGUACUGGCUCCCACCACAAGCGAUGUGAGGUUGCACUGCUUGGCUGUGGAGCAGUGCUGGCUGCUGCAGGCCUGGGUUUUGAUCUGUUAGAAGCAGGGAAGUGUCAGCUGCUGAUUGAGGAGGAGCCGGAGGUGCCCAAGGAAGAGAAGAAGAAGCGUGACAGCAUUUUUCAGCGAGCUGGACGCCCACGCAGGAGCACCAGUCCACCUUCCCGGAAGAUCUUCAAGAAGGAGGAUCCCAUGUUGUUGCUAGGCGAGCCAUCCACAUCCCUUACCCUUCUUUCCCUGUCCUCCAUUUCCGAAUGUAAUUCCACCCGGUCCCUGCUGCGCUCAGACAGUGAUGAGAUUGUGGUAUAUGAAAUGCCUGUCAGCCCAGUGACAGUCAAGGCUCCUUUGCCAGCCAUUACCAACCCACUAGUCAAUGUCCAGAUCGAGAGGUUCAAACAAGACCCCAACCAGUCCCUGACUCCCACACAUGUGACGGUCUCUUCCCACACCCAGCAAAGCGGGCACAGGCGCACACCUUCUGAUGGGGCCAUCAAAGGGAGUGGACUAAUUGUCAACGGGUGCCCAACCAGUGGAUGCCCUUCCAGUAGCUGUUUAACUGGAGCACUGGGAGCAGGAAUGGGAGUAGUUGCCUUCCUCUUCAUAGCAUGCUGUUAUCUUAAGACUUUGUGGACAAUACUGCAUAGAGAUGUUGCUUCGAUAUGUCACGAAACUGGAUACCUCUCAUUCUGUUGAAGGUGAGGCAGUAAUGGUCGAGUAAAAAAAGGUCUUUGCCAGCUGGAGUGUUCUGUUAAAUAGAACAUGACAGGAAACCUCUCGAGUCACCUUUCUACCUUGAGCUUAACUUUUAUUUGAAAUUUAAUUAAUCUCUGUGGGAUGAACAUGGGAGCUGGAGUCCCUUUAGAUGUAUGGAACCAAACCCAAUAUUGUAUCCCAAAAUUCAGUGACAGCCUGUUACUUUUGUAAGUAAUUUUAAGCUAAUAUUAAUGGGUUUGUUUCUUGUGGAUUUUUUUGAAAUCUUUCUUCUUGGAAAAAGUGCUUAUUGCUUUCUAACCUUUUCCAUCAUUUUAGAAAUGUUCUCAAGAACUCUUACGAAUUCUGUGGCGAAUAAGGAGGUUUAUAUCUUUCACAGUGAUUUAGGCCUUCCUUUUGGCUUUGCUUUUUUUGGUAUGAAACGAGGACAUCUAUAUUUGGAAACUAAGAUUUCUGAUCCUUAUCCUGUCACUGCAGAUCAGUUUCUUAGUUUCCAUGCUUUUAACUCACUUAAGACUAAAAUUUGGGUAAAACUGGACAGGAAGAGUGAGGGGAUAGACGUGUUUUAAAACGUAUUUGCAAACAAGCAAUAAGAACACCAAAUAUGAUAACCAAAAUAUACUCAUGCUGUCACAGAGCAUAACUUUCAGACUUCAUAAACCUUUGGAUGAUUUUAUAAUUAAGGUAUCUUUAGGAAAGAAUGCCUUCCUAUGUUUUUCUGUUACAUUUACUAUUUUAAGAUUAGAGUAUGAUUAAGAUUAGAAUAUGGUGGUUUUCACAGUAUAGUAGCUAGCUGGACAGAAGUGAUCUUUAGCCAGAUUUGUACCUCUGAUUUUUUUCCUCUAUUUUCAAUCAAGUUUGUGGUUUAAAUUUUUUCUUUUUUGUGUGUGUUUAACAAACAAUACAGUCUUCUUAAGAACUUACGUUUUAUUGUUUCCUUAGCCUUACUUUCACGGUUUCGUGAGGCAAUAUGGAAAUGAACUCAUGGCUUCUUCUGCUGCUCCCUCUAUUGAACACCCUAGUAGAAAGUCACGUGCUGCAGUUAAGAUGUGCAUUUGCUUUUGGUUUUUCCCGUGCUGAGUUUUUUAAGCAGCUUUGCUGCUGGUCAGAGAUGAACACAACUUCUGAAAUUACCUAUAUCAACUUUAUUUUUGUGUGUCGAAAGUAGUCACUCCCAGGCUAAUGAGGUAUGUGUGCUUGAUUAAAAAGUAGUUUGCCACUGGUGACUGGAUGAUGGAUCUGAUGUAGCUACCACAAUUAUUAUUAUUCCUCUCUAACAAGGAUCUCUCUUUUUGCAACUAGAAAGUCUUCAGCGCUUCAUCAGUGUUUGUACACAAGAAAUACCUUUUGACUUCAUCUGUACAUGAGUGAAAAACCUCUUACUUUUCCUGACCAGGAACACAAUUUUCCCACUAAGAAUGGCUUCUUGGACUCUGUGUUUUUGUUUAUUUUCUGUUUGCUUGGGAAUGUUGAUUAUUUUUGGUUUGUAUUUUAAACCUAUGAAAUAUAUACAUGUCUUAGGUGCGUCCUGUAUUCGUAGGUGCUUCCAUCUCAUAUGUUCCUUGCUAGGAGCUGAGGUUUUUUGGAGGGAACUCCUGGUUGUAGCUUUCAGUACUGUGUUGUUCAUCACACACCAGGCCAAAUACCAGCACAGUGUUCAUAUCUUCCCAAUUAGAGAUGUGCCCACACCCCUGUGUCAAGGCAUGCGCUAUCACUGGCUCUCAGUAUCUCUCUGUUAGAAUUUUGCCCCCACCCAAUCUUUACUGGUUAUUUAUUCUUGUUACCCAAGUAACAAGCCUGAGACAGAAGACAAUACAUAUUUUAGGUGUGCUUUGACUUAAAAGGUUUCUGAGCUAGAAGCAUAAGAUACAACUGGGUGAAGUGAAAGUGGAAGUUGGCAGGAAAUAGCAAAUAAGAGUGAAAUUAUCCUUCUUAAUGUAAGUCAGAGAACAGAGGGAUACUAGCUGCUUGGUAAUCUGUUGGCAUCAUAGGUCCCAAAGAAGAAUUUGAGGAAUAUGUAGUUACUUAAUUUCAUAGAAUGGUUUGGGUUGGAAGGGACCUUAGAGAUCAUCUAGUUCCAGUCCCUCUGCUAUGGUCAGGAACACCUUCAAUUAGACUAGUUCCUCAAAGCCCCAUCCAACUCAUCCAGUUUCUGGUUGGUUUGUUGUAUUUUACCCUGAACUACCUCAUUUGUAGAGAUAGAAUGGGAAGAAAGUUCAAGUUUUGGUAAGAAUUGCUCUAAGUAAGCAAUUGAGGCUGGAAUGAGAUGGGAGGGCCAAACACUGUGUUUGGCUCUUUGACAUGCAAAUUUCUGAUGGAAAAAUAAAACCAACCAUUUGGUUUAUUAAGUUAAGAUUAUACUUUCUUUAAAUAUUGGUGUCUCCAAAAUAGACAAUAAAGGACAAGGCAGGGCAUUUUUCUUGAUGAUUUUUGAUCUGUGGAAGAGUUGAUUGUCCACAGACCAAAAGGUGGUGAUUUCAUAUUGGUGACUACUGUUUUUAAAAGCAACAGUCUGUUUUUUCAAAACAGAUUUUUUUUUUAAUGAUCUCAUGUGCUCUUAAAGUGGACCUACAUAUGAUCCUGAUUGUUUUCCUGUAUUUGCAGUGCUGUUUUCCUAAUGUAUCAGCUCCUAAUACAGUCCUUACUGUAUCUGAAUGCUAAUAAUGUGCAGACAGACCAAUAUAGCUAAUAUUAAGAAACUAUGACACAUUUUUAGUGUGCAGUGUAGUGGAUUCAUGAGCUCAGCUUGAAGUGGGCUUCUGUUAGGUCUGUAGCUGGUGGGUCGGAUGGAUGCACAACUAGCAAAAGAGGGCUUAGAACAAAUCUGCAGGAGGAAUGCCAAAGUUUUAUUUGCUUAAAAUAAGCAAUUUGAAAAGUAAUCAUGGCGGGGGAAAAGGCCCUUCAUUAUUACGAAAUACUU